CGGCGACACCCUUCUCAUCUCGACUCGUCUCGCCUCGUCUCGUCCCAGGUUGGGGAGGGGAGGCGCUACUAGAAAUACUCCCACGCAGCGGGCGGGCCGCAUCGAAUCGGCAUCUCCCCGCAUCCGGCUGCCCGGUCGUCCUAUCGGGGCUCGCGAGGAGGCGGCUGUUCGUUGGCUGGAUCGGCGGCGAUGGGGGCGCUGUCGCGACCGGAGGAGGUGGUGGCGCUGGUCAAGCUGCGGGUGGCGGCGGGGCAGAUCAAGCGCCAGAUCCCGCCCGAGGAGCACUGGGGCUUCGCCUACUCCAUGCUCCAGAAUGUCUCCCGAAGCUUCGCGCUCGUCAUCCAGCAGCUCGGCCCCGAGCUCCGCAAUGCAGUGUGCAUCUUCUACCUCGUGCUCCGUGCCCUCGACACCGUUGAGGAUGACACUAGCAUCCCAACCGAGGUGAAGGUGCCCAUCCUCCAGGAAUUCUAUCGCCACAUCUACAACCGCGACUGGCACUACUCGUGUGGAACAAAUAACUACAAAGUGCUGAUGGAUAAGUUUCACCACGUAUCCACUGCGUUCCUGGAGCUUGGUGAAGGUUAUCAAAAGGCAAUUGAAGAAAUCACUAGGCGAAUGGGAGCAGGAAUGGCAAAAUUUAUAUGCAAGGAGGUUGAAACUGUUGAUGACUAUGAAGAAUACUGUCACUAUGUAGCCGGGCUGGUUGGGUAUGGACUUUCCAGACUGUUUUAUGCUGCUGGGACUGAAGAUCUGGCUCCAGACUCACUGUCAAAUUCAAUGGGUCUAUUUUUGCAGAAAACUAAUAUAAUUAGGGACUAUUUGGAAGACAUAAAUGAGAUACCAAAGUCCCGCAUGUUCUGGCCUCAAGAGAUAUGGAGUAAAUAUGCAGAUAAACUUGAGGAUUUCAAAUAUGAGGAAAAUUCACAAAAGGCAGUACAGUGCUUGAACGAUCUAGUGACUAAUGCAUUGAUCCAUGCUGAAGACUGCCUCCAGUACAUGUCAGCCUUGAAGGAUCAUGCUAUUUUCCGUUUUUGUGCAAUACCUCAGAUAAUGGCAAUUGGAACAUGUGCUCUUUGCUACAAUAAUGUGAAUGUCUUUAGAGGAGUUGUAAAGAUGAGACGUGGGCUCACGGCACGAGUGAUUGAUGAGACAAACUCAAUGUCAGACGUCUAUACUGCUUUCUAUGAGUUUUCUUUGUUGCUGGAGUCAAAGAUUGACGACAAUGAUCCAAAUGCUGCGCUAACACGAAAACGUGUGGAUUCAAUAAAGCAAACUUGCAGGUCAUCAGGUUUGCUAAAGAGCAGGGGGUACCAUUUGGACAAGUCACCUUACAAGCCUAUGCUGCUCAUGAUUGUUCUUCUGCUGGUGGCUAUUAUAUUUGGGGUACUGUAUACCAAGUGAAGCCCUGCUAGUUGGCCCUUUUUUUCAUAUGGAGACUUAAGAGAGCAACUACGCCAAUACGAUUUUGUUUUGUACUCUGUAGUCUACAAAGGCCGUGAAAAUCCAGAAGUACCGACUGUAGAUGGAAUGAAGGAUAUGGCUGCAUGCUACUGCUUCCAUGAUGCUGUGCCAAUCUCAAUUCUUUUGUUCCUUCUCUUUCCUCGCGUGUUGCACCGUUUGAAGUUGUUUCAGGGGAAAAGAAACUUGUAACAUGUAUCCUGUAAACUUGUGUUUUUAUUUAGUUAGCAGCGGACACACUAGUUGUGCUGACAUGUUUUUUUUUCCUUUCCAAAAACUCGUGUCAGAGCAUUGUGUUUUUC